CCGCGUCGCGCGCUGACGCGGCUCCUGCAGCGCGAGCCCAGCCUGUGCCAUGCGCGAGAAGUAACCAGAGCGGAAAAAAAGGGAUACAUUGUCGCCUGGGAUAAGGUAUCGAUUUGGAGGAGGAUAAUAGACUACAGACUGAGAAAUCAUGCCGAAGGAUCAUCAGCUGCAGCAGCAAGAGGGGGAAGAGGAGGAUUCUGUGCGGGGCAGACUCGGCAUCAGGGAUACCUCGCUGGCCAGGUACCUGGACGGGCAACACUGGAAGCUGAAGAACGAGCUCCGUCAGCAAACAGCCCAGAGCCAGCUGUUCACCCAGCACAGGUAUGAUCUGAGUCUGGAAGAGAUGCGGGAUUUGUCUUCUGAGCGAGUCAAGUUUGUCAUAAAGUUACCAAUCGUUCAGCAACAGUUGGAAGAACAGAUAGAAAAGAAAAAGCACUGUGUCAAUAAAAGUCUGGCAAUUGGAGAGGUACUUUCUACAGCUGACCUCACGACUGGAGUAAAGAUGGGUGUGGUCUGUUGGUUGUUUGGUGGGGCAAUAAUCAACCUUGGAAGCCAAGAACACAUUGAAAAGUGGUUUCAACCCCUAAAGGACUUAAAAUUUACUGGAAUGUUUGCAAUGACAGAACGUGGACAUGGUAGUAAUGUGAGAGGCAUCCAGACCCUAGCAACAUAUGACCCAACAACAAAGGAAUUUAUCAUUCACACACCGUGUGAAGAUGCAGAGAAAAUGUAUAUUGGAAAUGCAAUGAAAGGAAACUACGCUGCCGUAUUUGCUCAACUAAUUGUCAGUGGACAAUUGCUAGGGCCUCACUGUUUUAUUGUGCCUGUUCGAGAUGAUGCAGGCAACAUGUACCCAGGAGUCACAGUAAUUGACAUGAUGCACAAAGAGGGUCUAAAUGGCGUUGAUAAUGGGAUUCUAGUAUUUGACAACGUUCGAAUUCCAAAAGAAAAUCUUCUUGACAAGUUUGGUUCUGUAUCUGAGAACGGAGUUUAUGAAUCACCCAUUGCAGACAGAGGUCUGAGGUUUAAUGUUAUGCUAGCAGCCCUUACACCAACAAGAAUUGCCUUAAUAUUUCAGGCUUUGGGAGCAAUGAAGCUUGGCCUGACGAUUGCCAUUCGUUAUAGUCACAGCCGGAGGCAAUUUGGACCUAAAGACAAAGAAGAGGUGAAAAUCAUUGAGCACCAGACCCAGUACCUUCGACUGAUGCCGCACCUCGCUGCCUCACUUGCUCUGACUUUUACAAGCAGGUAG